AUGGUAGCGUUAUUGAGGUAUGCAUUUGUUUCGAAUCCUCAUCUGCGUUUGAUCCCUCAACGUGGUUUCCACCAAAACUGGAACAUGUACAUUUCAUCGAGGUUUCCAGCAAAUACACAUACUUUGAGAAAUAUUUCACUUAGUGGGUUACAUCCAGUAAUCUCAGUCCACCGUCUUGGCACAAACAGUUCUCUGUUUGCACUCGUUCAUGAAAGCAAGCAUAUAGGGAACCACAGUGAUUUUCCAAUAUGGUGUAUUAGUCCAGUAAAGAUUGAGACUCCAGCUCCUAGACCAAAUAAGACUCCUCCAACAAAUUCCAGUGUUGAACCAUCUUCUAAGGAACCUAAAAAGGAAGAAGAUGAAAAACAAGUGAAACCACCUAUGUGGAUCCGCAUUAAGGAUGGAAUUGUCCAUUAUUAUCAUGGGUUUAGACUUCUUGGUUUGGAGAUUAGAAUCGCCUCUGGAAUUUGUUUCAGAGUCCUUGGGGGCCACACACUAACGAGGAGGGAACGGAAACAACUUGUUCGCACUCUAGCAGAUAUCCUACGCCUUCUACCGUUCUCAGUAUUCAUCAUUGUUCCGUUUAUGGAAUUUCUGAUUCCAUUUUAUGUCAGAUUUUUCCCUUUUAUGCUUCCGAGUACUUUUAAGGACAAAUCAACGGAGGCUAAUGCCAUUCAACAGAGGCUUAAAGCUAAGCUUGAGUUGACUCAUUUUCUUCAGGAGACUUUGAUGCAAACUGCUGGAGCCUUAAAGAGCAGUUCAGAUGCACCCACUGUUGCUGAAUUCCAAGAGUUUAUUAAAAAGGUACAGAAAUCUGGUGAACAGGCUCAAGCUAAAGAUAUUACUAGGUUUUCAAAGCUCUUUGAGGAUCAAGUGACAUUGGAUUCUCUGGAUAAUAAACAGCUUAGAAUGCUAUGUCGACUUCUUUCUCUUCCAACCAUUGGUCCCAGUCAUUUACUAAGAUUCCAAAUUUGGAUACGUGUUAGACAGUUAAAAGCAGAAGAUAAACUGAUAGCGAAUGAAGGUGUUGAUCAGAUACCACCUUGGGAAUUGCAAAGUUUAUGUCAGGAACGUGGAAUGCGUUCAGUUGGUUUACCAAAAGAAAAAUUGCAAUCACAACUUAGUGAAUGGCUUGAUUUACAUCUAGAAAAGAAUGUACCCAUCACUCUCUUAUUAUUCUCUCGGGCACUGCAUGUGACUCAGGCGCUAGUAGAUCAAAAUCCCCUGCAACAAGCUAUUGCUCAAUUACCUCCAUCAGCUUCAUCAGAGGCAGUGGCUCGUGUUUUAGAAACCACGCCUCAUGAUGAACUUGAUCCUGUUACCAAAAUCAAAGUGUUACGUGAAGAACAAGACAGUAUUAAAGCUGAACGAGUACAGCGCAAACAAGAGUUAAUUGAAAAGCAAAAAUCUGAAAAAGGUAAAACUAUUAUGACUGGAUUGCCAGAAGGCGAUCAAGCUCCAUUGUUAAAGGGUCUUAAAAAUGAAGAACUUGAUAAAGUCACACCUGUCUUAACUGAUUCAGCUACUUUUAUGUCCGAAAGUACAGAGAUACAAUCUGAGAUUCGUAAACCUGUUCAAAAUAUACAACCUAUCGAUACACUACAAACAUCAGUUAAUGGAAAAUCAAAAAAUGAUUCGCACAUAGAUAGUUUGUCUGUGAAAUCUGAAGAACCAAAAACAUCGGAUACUGAAGAGGUAACUGAGAUAUCUGCAGGUGAUUUAGCUGAAAUUCAUUCGGCUAUUGCUGAGUCCACACUUCAUUUAGAUAGUGAAACAAUCGAUGAAUUGAAGGAGCAAGUUGCAAAAUUACAACAAAAACGUCAGGCUGAAUUGGUGGCUUCUGAAGAAGUGACAGAAAAACGAAAAUCAAAAGCUGCAUUACAUCUAGAAUCUCGUUUAGAGCGUUUAAUUAAAGAAAUGGAUACUAUGUUAGAUAGACUAAACGAUAAACGUACCCAACUGUUAAAAGAUAUUGAAGUUUUUGAAAGCCAUAUAAAUGAAUCAACUGAAUCAAAGGAGCGGUCUAAGAUAAUGGAUCAAAUCAAAGCAGAUCAUGAUCGUAUGGUAGACAUAAACGAUUUGUUGAUUUCUUUGAAACGUAUUCGAAACAUUCCUGAUGAUACACGUUGGGAAAAGAUCUUGAAGGUUUUAGAUGAGGAUCAUGAUGGAAAAAUCGAGUUGAAUCAUAUAUUGUCUGUUAUCGAGCUUCUCGGUUCAGAGAAUGUGAAACUAUCCGGCAAAGAAAUUGCACGCGUUCUUGAAAUGAUUGAUAAUGAACAUUUGGCAAAAGCGAUCCCUACAGAAGAGUUGAAAGUUGAUAAAAACCGUUUAAAAUCGUCCGUCGAUGAUUCUUCUCAGGUCACUUCAAAGUAA